AUGCAAUGUCAGCUAUUUAGGACAGAAACAUCCAAGGCCGUGUCAGAACUCAAUUACGACUACAUAUGCAUUAAGGCAGGAACUGGCAGGCCUCUGGGUACGCCAACUAUAGGACUCGUGCUUCUCGUACGCCGGGCUAUAAUCUAUGAAACUGAGCUCCAGAGCCAGCCAAUCACUCAGCUCCUCAUAACAAGGCUAACUGGCUCUGGAAAGCUGAAAGGGCUGCACUGGAACAACACAGAUGAGAUAUUCUACACAUUAAUCUACUUAUCUGGAAUCCCUUUGCCUCUAAAGGCCAGAGAAAAAUCACAGCUUCCUUGUCGGAGGGGAAAAGGACAGGUGAUCUGGGGAAAACGCAGCUACACCUGGAGCAAGGUCUAUUCCCGGCUUGGCAAUCCCAGCUGUGCCGGUGCUACAGGACCCGAGCCGUCCCAGAAACCAAAGGGCAGGCACGGCAGCAAACGCCUGAGUGCUGCUGCCUUCGGUGACUAUGUGAGAAUGGAAACUUCUAAGGAAGCCAGGUUGUUAGAAUUGUUACCCCCUUUACUCAGAGAUAACAUAGAUUAUCCAGGCUGAGAUGGAAAACAAGCCCUUCAUUGAAUUUUCAACACAGACUCCCUGCUUCUCAUCUCCUUAAUAAAAUUUCAUUAAAAUCCCCUUGAACUCCCAUGUUCAAAUCUCCAUUUGUUGACAGACAAGGCCAAUAAUACUCUAAACUGAGGCAUGCAGGUCAUUUCAUUUGUAUUCUUGUCCAGAAAUUUCCCAUAGGAAGACUUCACCUCCUACAACUCUGAAGAAAACUCUGACUGUCCAAGACAAUCUCCAGCAACCAUCCACAGUCAUUUGAGUGGAAGCUUUCACAGCUUUUGUACAUUCUCUGUGUCAACAUCCAUACAACUGACAUACAACUGAGUUACAGACUGGCUCCCUGACCCUUACAAACACUAAAAGUUUUGUUUGACACAACUUGAAGCUGCUCAUCUGUUAGUAAGCGAUGUUCACUCCAGAACACAUUCAUGAUGAGAACUUUCUAAAAGACCAGCACUGCCUUCCCCUCCUAUAAUCAUAAUAAUCAUGGUAACUUGAAACAUGUUACUGGGACUCGACAUUUUUCUGGGGAUUGAAAUAUUUAGUCCUUGGAGCUGUCACAUAGCAGGGGCAACCUCACACUGAAACAAAGGAAGUGAUGUCCCAUUAUUAUCCACCCUGAGCCACCACAAUAUGCUGUUUACACUUAUUUUCUUCAGCCUAUGCAAAACAAACCAAUGGAAAAGGAAACUAAAAAAUAUACAUACUAGUACCAUUAUCUUCUUUUGCCUAAAAUUACUAAUGCACUAUGUCAGUCUGCUUCCUUCAGGCAUCAUUCUCAAUUCCUCAGGACUUGUAUUAGCAGGUUCUGGCUAGAGAGACUAUCUCCUGUCAUCACGAUCAAUUAAUGUUUUCUGGUGAUCACAUCAGGCCCUAUCUAAGAAGCUCAUGGUACACAAGGGUCACCCAAAUAGCUGAGUGCAGUCCUUGCUCAUAUUUCCUUCAUCUCAACCCCGCAAACAAGAAUUAAGAUGAUCCCAAUAAAAGAAAAAUUGCUCAGGAAAGUGAACCUUUUUCUGAACCAAGCACUGUCAGCAAAUCUCAGGUAUUAGAGCAACUAUGGUUGACUGAAAAGUGUCUCAAAAUCUGGGCCAAGAAUGAUUGCUAGGUCCAUAAGCUAAUUUGUCUGGCCUUGCGGUUUAUGUAAGCCAAAGAAAGUCACUCAUGAGUAAACUAUAGAAAACGUCCAGACCCAUCCUGUUAGUAUGUCAAAUCACCUAAGACUGGCAGGGUAUUAACUCCAUUCCAUUCCAGGUGACAGGGAUAAAGAGCCCCAUUAUUUUCACAGUGCCAGCCUCUACCUGAGGAAACCCUAGACCUUGGAACCAGUUUCCUGGUAGGGAACUGCUGACAGUUUCAAUGCUGACAGUUGGAACCAGUGCCUCAUAGUGUAAACCGAAAGAAAAAUAGUUGCUUUUUAAAAUGUCAGCAAGAAGGCCUGCCUCAUCUUAACAAAGCAAAAAAAAUGCUUUAAUUCAAAUCAAAAAUCAUGAUACUA